CUUUCUCCUCAAAUCACCACUUCAAGUUUGCUCAUAAUAGGAAAAAACACCACUUCAUUGUUUCUUGACUUAAGCUUGCUAAACAACAUGUCUCCUCUUCUCUACCUUCUCCUAGCUCUUCCCAUCAUCAUAAGCCUCCUAUUUCGUCCCCGAAACCACAAGAAAACCAACGCUACUAGUUCUCAUUACUGUCUCCCACCUGGUCCUCCAUGUCUUCCCUUCAUAGGCAACUUGCUCCAAAUCGAUGGCUCAAAUCCUCAUAUCUCUCUGAGGCAGCUCUCUCGCGUAUACGGACCUCUCAUGUCGUUGAGACUAGGUCGUGUUCGAGUCCUCGUGGCCUCCUCGGCCAAAAUGGCCGAGGAGGUUCUCAAAACACACGAUCUCGCCCUCUGUACCAGGCCUCCAAGGGCAGGCCAGCAAAAACUGUCCUACAACGGCAUCGACUUGGCAUUUUCGCCGUUUGGUGUUUAUUGGAGGGAGAUGAGGAAAACAUGCAUCGUCCAUCUCUUCAACUCCAACCGAGUCCAAAGUCUGGCUCCCAUUCGUGCUCAAGAGGUUCGCAAAGUGAUGGAGAAGGUAUCGAAAUCCUCGUUCGAGUCGAAACCUUUCAACUUGUCGGAUGCCAUGGUUUCCCUAGCCGGUAUGAUUGUUUGUCGUAUGGCUUUCGACAAGGGGUCGUACGAGGAGGUAGGUGAAGAGGGAAGUAGGGUCCAAGGUUUGAUAAAUGAAACUCAAGCCAUGUUCACAAGCUUCUUCUUCUCCAACCAUUUCCCUCUCCUGGGGUUUGUUGAUAGCCUCACAGGGUUGAACCGUCGUCUUGAUAAGACUUUCGAAGAACUUGACCACUUCUGUCAGGAAACGGUUGACGAGCAUCUGAACCCAAAUAGAGUAAAGCACGAGCACGAAGACGUUUUGGACGUUUUGGUUCGAACCAUGAAUGAUGGGUCCUCUAGGUUUCAGCUCACGGUGGACCACGUCAAAGCAAUUGUCAUGAACUUAUUUAUCGCCGGGACAGAUACAGCAGCGGCUGCGUUGGUAUGGACAAUGACAUACCUAAUGAAGAAUCCAAAAGCAAUGAAGAAAGCUCAAGAAGAAGUACGACAAGUUGUUGGAAGAGACAAAGGCUUCGUAGAUGAACAAGAUAUCAAUCAACUACCUUACCUUAAAGCUGUGGUCAAAGAGACAAUGAGAUUGCAACCUCCGGCUCCAUUGCUAAUCCGAGAAUCAAAUGAAGAUUGCAUCUUAGGCGGGUACACAAUUCCACCUAAGACCGUGGUUCAUGUCAAUGUAUAUGCCAUUGGAAGGGAUCAAGAAAUUUGGGGAGACGAUUCUGAAGAGUUUAGGCCAGAGAGAUUCAUGGAAAAGCCGGGUGAUGAUAGUAAGAAGGGCUUGGAUUUCGAUAUGGUGCCGUUCGGAGGUGGAAGAAGGAUGUGUCCUGGAAUGCACAUGGGGCUUGCAAUUGUGCAUCUUACUCUGGCUAAUUUGCUUUAUGGGUUUGAUUGGGAAAUGCCAAGUGGAAUGGAGAGGCAAGAUCUGGAUAUGGAAGUGAUUUUGGGACUUACUAUGCACAAGAAAAAUGCUCUUUGCCUUAUGGCUAGAAAAUAUUUAUGAAGGCAAAAUAGUCUGGUGUGACAGGGGCACCUUUUUGUUUAUGUUUUGUGUCUUUAUGGGGUUUCAUACGAGUAACCGACGCGACUUUGAUGUACAUGUACCCCUGUUCAUCUGGAUGCUCGGUUUGACAUGGUAUAAUUAUCACAGGCUUAUAUUUUUUUACAAAUCUAAUAUAUAUUUUGUGUUUAAAAUCAACGGUUAAUAUAUUGAAGGACGUGAGAAUUCAAAUAUGAGAUCUUUAGGUUAAAGGUAUUUGUUGAUGCCAAUUUUAGAGAAGUCUACUUCAAUACUUUAUAGGUCGGGAGAGCAUUGAUUUUCUUAUCAUCGUUUGCCACCAGUAUUCAAGAUGAACACUUCUAAAAGGACCCAUUGGUUGUAGACUUGUAUUCAGUUGGAACCUUCUCCAAAGCUCAUCGCAAAACUUGAGAGGAGAGUACCGAGAGCGGCGUUUUAAGCCAACUUGAUAGAGAGAAUUUUGGGACUGGGAGUAGUCAAUUUUUUAAUUAUAGUCAUAAACAUCAAAACUAUUAUCCUAUUGCUCGAUUAUAGUUUGUUUGAUUAUGAUCUUCAACGUUGAAGAUCAUACGGACUUUUAGCGAAAACAAAAUUAUACCAUUUCAUAAAACAAAAUAAAUAAAACAGUACCAAAACAAAACUAUACCAAAGCAAUUGAAAGAGUAUCAUUCCAUUUGGGCUUUCUUCUUCUGAUUAUGACGUCGGCAGAGUAACCUUUCCAGCCAUCGCUAGAGGCCAACGGAGAGAGAGAGAGAGAGGACUACUUGGCCUCCAAUUUGGCCGAUCUUAGCGGUGGGUACAACGACCAGACGCGACGGGAACAACGACGUAGCCCGGCAGGGAGAGAGAGGGAGGCGGGAGUUGAGAGAGAGGGGUUGGCCGAUCUUAGCGGUGGAGGCAAUGGCAGAGCCGAUGGGGAUGGCGGCGUAAUCUGGCAGGGAGAGGGAGGGAGGUGGCACGCGAGAGAGAUGGAGAAUAGGAAUGCAGUAAGAUUUUGAUAAUAUAUAUAGAAAUUAAUUUUGUUAAGGAUAGUAAUCAGAUAUGAUAUAAUUUGUGUUUCCAAAACUAUCCUUAAUCUAAUUUUGAUCGUCAAUUUAAAAAUAAGAUAAAAUAAAGCUAAUGAAAAAUGUAGAUUUUGAUAGCCACGGUGGCUACUAAAAAAGUAAUAAUCACUCUAACUCAUCACCCUUCCCUCCUUCCAAACCCUCAAUAAUUCUUCUCAAUUUCUCUACUUCCUUCAAAAGCUUCAAUGUGGUCGCUGCGCAACAGCGAUGUUCGCUUCACUUCAUCCACCGCAAUUACAGUUUCAACCCUACCACUGUAUCGCCACAGAGCUCUCCUGACUCUGCCAAUUAUAGCCGCGGGGCGGAUGAUUUGGUGACCUUCAAGCACUGGCUCUCAGGAUGAUGAGGAACUGACCACUUUCAUCUUCGUUUUCUAAUGCUUAAACCAAAAGCCUAUAUAAUUAAUUAGACUCAAUCUUAUACACCUUGUUUUCCCCAUUUGGUCACUAUCGAGCUGAUCUCAUUAAUUAAGCUCCACACACUUAAGGCCAGUGUUGUUUUUUUUAAUGGAAAAAAACUUUAGGUUUGUACAUAUCUAUGCUAGGUGAUUAAGGAACUCAUCCAAAACUUUAGGUUUUAUUAAUUGGGCAAAUAGAAAUAAUUAGUAUGUAGCAGAUCAGUAGACUACUUUCUUUUUUGAUACUCAAGGAUCCCUUCCACAAUCAAGUAAUCUAUUUCCUGAUUUUCAGAAUAUAUAUUAUAGCUCACGUAUUUUUAUUUAAUAUAAAUCGGUGUAAAAA